GUUUCUCACCGGAGCAGGAAGUAGCCGUGUCACUGACUUCCGGUUAGCAUGGUUAGCCGGUUGCCAGAGCGUGUCCAGGUGUGUUGUGAGUCUGCGCAGCAACAAUGUGUUCCGUUGAGCCUCUGAGAGAGUUUAUCAGAGAGAGACUAACUGCUGCUGCUGAAGAAAUCUUCACCCAGCUGGAAAAAACCAUCGUCCAGUACGAGGAGGAGAUCGACCGGCAGCGGAGGCUGCUGGACCUCAGCUGGAGACCCCGAACCGAGCAGAACCCCGCAGGUAGGUCCGGUCCGGCGGGGGCAGCGGGCUGCUUCUGGACUCAAGUUAGAACCGGCCUGAAAGGCCUCCAGCAGCAUCGUCUCUGCAGUCAGAAGGACGUUUCCACCCAGAACCGGGAGAGGAUCUCUGGACCGGAACGUCUGAAUGAGGAACCAGAACUUCUGCGGAUCAAGGAGGAGCCAGAUGAUGAGUGCAGCAGCCCGGAUGAGGUGCAGGUUGUCCUGAAGGAGGAGGCCGAUGUCGGUGAGGAACCAGACCUUGUUGGUUUGGACCCAACCAGAGCCCAGGACUUCCCUGGAGUCACUCUGGAGGCUGAAGAACAGGAAGGAACCAGCAGGAACAAAGAGCGGCGUCCAGGUAGAGAGGCUAGAACUCCCAAAACGGAUCAGAACCAGCACUUCUGUACAACCUGCUCUAAGGGUUUCAGCCAGAAGCGCUAUCUGACCAAACACCUGAGGGUCCACGCCGCAGAGACGCCCCUCACCUGCCCCACCUGCAGCAAGAGCCUGAAGAACCAGCUGAGCCUGACAGUCCACCUGAGGAGCCACUCAGGUGAGAAACUGUUUCCCUGUGCUGCCUGCGGGAGGCGCUUCACCCACCAGCUCAGCCUGAGUCUCCACCAGAGGGUCCACUCAGGUGAGAGGCCAUACAGGUGCCAGGUGUGUGGAAGGAGCUUCCUAAGCAGCAGCAACCUGACGUGUCACCUGAGAACGCACACAGGUGAGAAACCCUUCCAGUGUCUCACCUGUGGGAAGUGCUUCAGCCAGAGGGACAACCUCAAGAGACACGUGAAGAUCCACCGUGGAGAGAAGCCGUUCCGCUGUCCCACCUGUGAGAAGAGCUUCUACCAGAAAGGUCAGCUGACGGCCCACCUGAGGUCUCACAGCAGCGACCGGCCGUUCCCCUGCGCUGUCUGUGGGAGGGGCUUCUGCGAUAGCCAUGAUCUGUCCACUCACAUGAGGACCCAUACGGGUGAGAAGCCGUUCCCGUGUCUCACCUGUGGAAAACGGUUCAGUCAGAGAGGGAAUCUAACCAUUCACAUGAGGACACACACAGGCGAGAAGCCCUUUGAAUGUCUGACCUGUGGAAAGAGUUUCUGCCAGAAAGGCAACCUGACGGCCCACCUGAGCACCCACAGCAGCGCCAGACCCUACGCUUGUCGUGUCUGUGGGAAGGGCUUCAGCGAACGCUGCGACCUGUCCACUCACAUGAGGACCCACACAGGUGAGAAACCCUUCCAGUGCCUCACCUGUGAAAAGAGCUUCAACAAUAAGUUCAACCUGAUCGCCCAUCUGAGGACACACACUGGAGAGAGACCCUUUCAGUGUGGGACCUGCGGGAAGAGCUUCUGUCAGAGAGGGAAUCUGAACGUUCACAUGAGGACACACACAGGCGAGAAGCCGUUUCUAUGUCUCUCCUGUGGAAAGCGCUUCCAGAGGAAAGGUAAUUUAAUGGCUCAUAUGACAACACACAGCUAGCUGAGGACUCUAGCAUCCCCUUGAACAUUCUUCUUCUUCAGCAACACCUGGAGGUGCCAUGAUGGACUGGACUGGUCUAUAGGUGGGUCUCCAGGACCUCAGCAUGGCUUUUUGUUAGCUUCCUAUGUGAAUUAAAGUAAUUAAAGUAGUCUUCUUAACAGAGAGAAACAGUUAUAAUAUAAACUUUUA